UCUGUUCAUUGUUCUCUUCAUCUAAAACAGAGAAAGUCCUGCUGAAGCGACUGAGAUCCUCGUGACCACACUGAUACUGAACUAGUGUGCUGACUACUGAACUAGUGUGCUGACUACUGAACUAGGGAGCUGACAGAGAGAUUUAGUUUGGGUUUAUUUUGCUCUCUGUUCAUCGUUCUCUUCAUCUUAAACAGAGAAAGUCCUGCUGAAGCGACUGAGAUCCUCAUGACACACUGAUAUAAAGAUGGCGUAUAUUAAAGAGGAGAGUGAAGACUUCAGGAUUGAAGAAGUGUUCAGUCUGAAACAAGAAGAGACUGAGGAACAAACAGACCUGCUGGUGCUGAAAGAGGAGAAUCAAGAUCUGAAUGAAAUGGAACAAACAGAUCAGUAUGAGAAACACCAUGAUUUCAUAACUGGUAAAAAAUCCACACAGACUAAAACAUCUAUACGAAAAAGAGCUCAGAAAACUAAAUCUAACAGUUGUUUCACCUGCCAUCACUGUGGAAGGAGUUUCGGUGAAAAACGAAAACUUCAAAUGCACAUGAGAGUUCACACUGGAGAGAGACCAUUUCCCUGCCAACAGUGUGGAAAGAGGUUCACUCAACAAGGAGCCCUUAACAGGCACAUGAGAACUCACACGGGAGAGAAGCCUUACACCUGCCAACAGUGUGGAAAUGGUUUCAAUCAAAAAGGCACCUUAAAAAUCACAUGA